UUAAUGAUAAAUAAUAAGUGAUGAUGAUGAUUGUCGUCAAGGAUCCACGUCAUAAUCAAUCAUUAUUGAAUUGGCCAAUAUUGCAUCGAUUAGAACAUUCAUUUCUUCAUCAAAUUCGAUCAUUUUUAGUGUUUGGUGAUCGUGGUACAGAAGUAUUGAUUAUAACUGUCAACGAUUUCAUCUAUACAUUUGGUGAGAAUAAAUGGCCAUCAUUACCAUUAGGACAUCGUGAUCGAAUUGAAAGACCUGAAGAAAUUGUUGAAUUAAGAAAACAAAAAAUUAUCGAUAUUGUUUAUGGACAACGACAUGUUAUGGCUCGAACAGAAGUAGGUGAAAUCUACAGCUGGGGCGAUAAUCGUUUUGGCCAAUUGGGUAAUAAUACAUUUUUUGAAUCAUUGAAACCAAUUCUAGUUGGUAAUCACAUACAAUCAUUGGCUUGUGGUUCAUAUCAUACGCUUGCAUUAACAAUCACCGGACAAGUAUUUGCAUGGGGACGAAAUAAUUAUGGUCAAAUUGGAAUCGGUUCUAAUCAUGAUCAAUUGAUACCGGUCAAAGUUUCAGCAUUGGAUAACGAAAAUAUUCGUAUAGUUAAAUGUGGAAGUUCACAUUCAUUUGCGUUGACCGAUAAUGGCAAGCUUUAUGCUUGGGGUGGAAAUUCUUUCGGACAAUUAGGACUUGGUAAUUGCAUUCAUCAGACAAUGCCUACAAUUGUUAAAUUUUCUGUAGAUGUACCCGUGAAAUCUGUUGCUUGUGGUGAAUAUCAUACAUUAAUACUGAUGAUAACCGGUGAAAUAUAUAGCUGUGGCCGUAAUGAUCAAUGGCAAUUAGGAUGUACACAAAUAUCAAGUAGUGAAGGAUCAUUAGUACCGGUACGAAUAUCGUGUCAGGAUCGUUUCGAAUCAAUUGCAUCACAUUUUGCAACAAAUUUUUCAGCAGCUAUUUCAACAUCAGGAUAUUGUUAUGUUUGGGGUGAUUGUAUACAACCGGGUGAACAACAACAACAACAACAAUUUACAUCAACAGAUAUUGUUGAACGAUCAUCGCCAAUUCGUGAACCACGGCAAACACCAUUGAUUUCAAUGGCAGAAGCUUUUGUACAUUAUUGCCGUAAACGUGUUACACCGUUUUUAUUUGAUUUGGCUUAUGAAGAACGUAUAAGAAUGCGUACGGUUGGUUCACGUCUAGUCGAACGAUUACGGCAAUCAUUUAAUGAUCCAGCUACAUCUGAUCUAGAAUUCAUAAUCGAUGGUCAAUCAAUUUAUGUUCAUCAAUGGUUUCUACAAUUGUCCAGUACUUAUUUAGAUCGAAUGCUUUCCGGAGAAUGGAUGGAAACAAUAUCAACGAAUGAAAAUGAUUCGAAAAAUGUUAAUGAUAAUGGAAAAAUUCGAAAAAAAAUUCAAUUACGUACUUAUUCCUAUGAAGUAUUUUAUGCCUAUUUUCGUUAUCUUUAUACCGAUAUAUUAGAAUUUCCCGAAACAACAUCAUCAUCGGAACAAACUUUAAUUGAAUUAUUAGAUUUAGCCAAUUGUUAUCUGGAUUUAGAAUUGAAACAAAAAUGUAUCAAUAUGAUGAGACAUAAUCUAUGUGUUGCAAAUUGUUGUGAUUAUUAUCAACUAGCAAUACGAUAUCAAUUAGUUGAUUUUGAAAAAGAAAUUAUUAUUUAUGCUUAUAGUAAAAUUUUUGAAAUUUGUAGAUCAGUCGGAUUCAAAUCAAUGUCUGGUGAUCUAUGUAAAGCAUUAUUAGUGGCUAUUAGUGAAAUGGCUUGAAAAAAAUCUAUUUGA